CUGCUGCAGACGAUAUUCCUUCUUGCGGUUUGCCAAAGCUGCUGAUGCGAACAAGCGCUCUCCAGCAUGACGAUCAAUCCCACCUUCCUCGCACAACGGACGCGCUCGUCCAUUAACUGGGCGGACGCACGCCGGCGAACUCUGAAGAGCUAUCGAGAAUGGCUGAGAGCGAGCCCCGAAAUCCAGUCGAUGUACUCCCUAAACAUGCCCGUUUCUAGAAUCCGAACUCAGGUGCGAAAAGAGUAUGAAAAACACAGAUAUGUCAAAAACAUUCAGGCAGUCGAUGUUCUGCUUACACAGAGCCAUGCCGAAUUCCAGGAAACGCUCAAUUUCUGGAAGCAGAAUUCACACAUCAUGAAAUAUUUCAGAAUAGAAGAGGAUGAGAAUGCCACGCUGCCCAAGAACUUUGUGUCGGGCUUUCUCGAGGGGCGGAAUUGAUGACCCAAGAGAACGGCUUCGUCUAGUCUACAAGUCCAAGACUUUACAUGUACAUAGCAUAAAGACAGACAACUCCCAAGCGCCAUCGCUAUGCUGUCGACCGACAAAUGGAUUCCAAAACCAGAGAAAUGUAAUCGGAUCACGAUGCAUGAGCAGCGUUGAACGCAUCUCGUGACUCGGUAAACUUUUCGGUGACCACGUCGCAUGCCUCCAUCAUGUCCAUUAGUCCUUUUCGAAGCGCACCUGUUGCGGUGGUCUUGGUGUCCUCUAUUUAUGCAUUAGUAGAUGAGCCAGCAGGUUGAACGCCACGGCGGCGUCACGUGUAUCCAUGUCCUUACCCCAGGUUUGUAUGCGAAUAUGCAUCUUGGUCUCGGAUGGAUGGGGGAUUGUGUAGCCACAGAACUCGACAUCGGGGCUGAACCAUGUGUUAGAAUUGAG